AUGGACCAGGUCCAGAAAGAACACCAGCGCCUCUGGAAGAGGGCGCAAAGCUCAAAAUGCAUCAACGACGUCCAGGCGACCAUCGACUUGCUUCUCGAAGCUCGCAGGACCAUCGUGGAUGAUCCGAGUUCUGCGUCUAUCACUCUUGCAAAGCUUCAAAAUCCAGUGAAGGCGUCAUUCGAAGCAACGAACAAUGAUCUGAAGGAGGCAUACAGUGGAUUGAAUAAAUAUACAAAAGCAUUGGACAAGCUAUUCAAAGAUAAACCUCUUCCCACCACCGAAUAUGACUCCCUAUCCCAGCCGGUCUUGGUCAACAGGGCAGUGGCAAUGCACCUUUUGCGAGAGGGAGAGUUUUCUACCGCCGAUACCUUUCUGUCCGAAGUAUCGAGAAUCCACAUGUCAUCAGAGCCAGAUACGACCAUGUCCCAAGCCGAAAAACAGGCAACGGAAGCCAUGCCCGAUAUUGAAGCCAUGCAAUCCGGCGAGAUUCGAAACCAGUUUCUCCUCAUGCAUGAAUUGUUGUACGAGAUGACCGAACAUCAGAAUUUACUCCCGGCUAUCGAAUGGGCUCGAAACAACCGCGAGGCGCUAUAUGUUCGAGGGAGCAACCUCGAGUUCGAGCUUUGUCAACUUCAAUUCGUAUGGCUCUUCCAUGGCGGGAAAGAAAACAACGUCUCCGUAGGAUCAGGCAGGCUCAUGGCGUUAGAAUACGUUAAACGCGAGUUUCCCAGGUUUCAGGGACGGUACCUACCUGAAAUUCAACGGCUUAUGGGUGCAAUGGCCUUUGCACCAAACCUUGAAGAUUCCCCGUAUAAUUCAAUAUUCAACAACCCUAAUUCCUGGGAGCGCGUAGCUACUUCCUUCAAAGGGGAGUUCUGCGCCUUGCUUAGCCUAGCAGCUGAAUCACCUUUAUAUGUCGCCGCAACAGCUGGCGCAAUAGCUCUCCCAACCCUUCUUAAACUCCAAACAAUCAUGAAAGAGAAACGAACCGAGUGGACAAGCCAAAACGAACUCCCUGUUGAAAUCCCGCUCCCACGCUCAUAUCAAUACCACUCGAUCUUCGUGUGUCCCGUGUCCAAAGAGCAAACAACGGACGAAAACCCACCAAUGCUCAUACCGUGUGGACACGUCAUCGCGCAACAGUCACUCGCGAGAAUCAGCAAAGGGGUAAAAUUCAAAUGCCCUUAUUGCCCAAGUGAAAGCAAUGCCAAAGAUGCUCGAAAGCUUCUUUUGUAA